AUGUAUACUCUUUUCCAGAUUCUCUUUAUUGUUUUUUACGUAGAUUCUAUUCCAGUAGAUAACUCCCUUUUCGGAGAUGUUCAAUUAGAAUGUGAUUCUCGAACCAUUUCGAUUCAGAUAAAAACUGAAAAACCAUUUGUUGGAACCAUCUUUGUGAAAGACUUUGCAUCAGAGCCGAUUUGCGUUUCUAGGGGGAAUGGAAGGCUAUCCGCGUUUCUGGAAUUUGAAAUUGGGUUGUGUGGAGCAUUGAGGCAAAAGAUUCUGAAUCCAAAGGGAACUGUGGUCCAGACUACAGUAACCAUAUCAUUUCAUCCAUAUUUCAUCACUAAAAUCGAUCGAUCCUACAAUCUUCUGUGUCUCUAUAAAGAAUCCCAUACUACAGUAGGAGAUAAUAUUGAAGUGGCUGAAAUUAGUACCGCUCGUGUGAAUGAGACAUUGACAUUGCCUGACUGUACAUAUCAAAUCUUGGAUGGUGGUCCAUUUGGUGAGCCAGUGCAUUUUGGACUAAUUGGACGACAAGUGUACCAUCAGUGGAAAUGUGAGAGUAGUGACGAUGAUUCAUUUUGCAUGGUAGUUCACACUUGUUCCGCGGACGAUGGGAAAGGAGAUCGUGCAUUCUUGAUAGAUUCCAACGGAUGUGCAAUUGACAAAUUCCUCCUAUCAGACCUGGAAUAUCCAGAAAAUUUACUUGCUGGACAAGAAGCGCAUGUCUACAAAUUUGCAGAUCGUGAUACACUGUUCUUCCAGUGUCAAAUAUCAAUUACGGUUCGAGAACCAGGAGUAGAGUGUGUCAGGCCAAUAUGUUCAGAAGAUAGGCCGGAAGGAGGUGGAGCACCAGUUGGAUCCCCUCCCUAUGGACCCGCUCAGAAGAAAAGUGUAAAAUUCAACACACGUUCGAAACGAAGUUCCAUUGAACACACCAUGGAUGUUCGAACUCGAUUCUCAGUUGGGAAUGUUUUUGAAAAACCAUCAAAUCAGGAUACCUGUGUUCUUUUAUCCUCUGUUUCUAUUCCUUGCCUUCUGAUGUAUGUUCUGAUAAUUGUUAUCACUUUUCUAAUUUCUAUUGUACUGAUUCCAGAAAGUUCUGAUUUCGGUUAA